AUGGCGCCUGCCAAUACAGAAGGCAAGGCUGCUUACCAGAAAGACGAAAAAGCGCUAUGCUUUCAUGGCGAGCUGCUCUACGAGGCCAAGAUACUCGACACUCGAAGACAGGAUCCAAAAGACAAAAGUAGUCCUUUCGAGUAUCGAGUUCACUACAAGGGAUGGAAAAACACCUGGGACGAUUGGGUGCCUCAAGAUCGUCUUCGCAAAAACACUGAGGAGAACCGUGAACUCGCAGUAAACCUCAAGAAGGCUGCUCAAGAGCAGAACGCACCAAGAUCUGCAAAGCCAUUAGCUGCUGCCAAAGGCAGAAAAGGCCAAGCAUCUGAGAUUGGUUCUGGUCGAGGCAGUGAGGUUAGAGACUCUUCUGUACCGGCUCGAGAUACUCUGUCCCACGUGAAAUCUACGACGUACGCCAUGGCCAAGUGGAAGGAAACGGUCCGACUGCCAGACGGUUCACUGAGGGUCGUCGCAUCUGGAAAGUUCCCACUGCCAAAGAAGAAGGACGCCACCCAUGAUGAGGCCAGAAAGGAGGCCAGCAAGGAUAAGGCUGCGUCAGAGGCUAUGAAGCAGGCCGCAUCAGCUGGCGCAACUGAGGAGACCGCACCAAAAGCUCUCAACUUCGACUGGAGCAACGGUGGUCCUCCCACCCACAAAUGGGCUGAUGUUUUGGGAAGCUUCGAUGGUCGUGAAGCUCCACCACAUAAAAGACACAUCAAGAUGCAGCUCCCGAAGCAGCAGAGGGGCUCAAUGAAACCGCUUGGGAAUCAAGACGCUGUCGGCGUAGAAUCUUCUGCAGUGACGGGGAAGCGCAAGGCGGCCGAAGCAGCUGAAGCCACAAUGAUACCUUCAAAAAAGCGAAAGACUGCGGCUGAACCUACAAGCGGUACCAAAGACCAAACGACCUCAAACCCAGUACGUAACAAGGCUCGAGAACAGCUGCCGGAGCCAGACACUAAGAUAGCCUUAGCUGAACCUUCUGGAAGAGUCACCCGAAAGCGACAGCGAGACGAGUCUGACGACAGGGAUGGAGGACCAGUAAAGCGUGCAAAGACUGCUGAGGUUGAGGUCCAGAAGGAGCAAGCAAAAGCAAGCGCGAAGCCUGCAAGGGUGCAGACGCCAGCAGCACAAGCAGAUGCCCGCGCAAGUGCUGCAGAGAACGGCACCAAAGGCUCGAAGAAGCGACAGCAGGCGUGUAGAGUAUGCCGUAGAAGGAAGACUAGAUGCAGCGACGAGUGUUAUGCCAAGAAUGAGGGUCAGCCAAAGCAAGAGAGUCAAGAUCAAGUCCAGUCAGAAAAUUCUCUGAAAGUUACCUUCACGACUAGCGACGAUCCACGAACCAUACGCGAGCUCCUAGCUGAUGCAAAGAAGAAACGUCAGAAUGAAGUUCCACAGCAAGUCGUCUCACAACCAGCAGACACCACAAGCGCCGAGAAAGUCGUUCAGGACUACUAUAUGGUUGGCUUCAUGCGCGUUCCAGCUCGACCAUCCAAGAAUGAAAAGGAAGGCUCAUUAACGUCAUCUUCCUCGUCUACUACACGACCUACGGUUCAGAUUGACGUCCGUCCUCCGGCUGGUGUCAAGAUAAAGCCUCCGCCAAAAAAGUUGCAGCAUAAAUCACAACCUCAUAAACCGCAUCCCAAGUUCUUCCUGAAGCGACAGUUGGCACCCAUGAUUCAGCGGCGUCAACGUGAAUUUGCCAACAAUCAAUAG